UAGCAUAACUCAUUCUAACAGUAAGUAACAAUGCGGCAAACAGGACGGAUCAGCAUCAGUUCUAGCUGUUGUGAGUGGUUAGCAGUGUUAUUAUUAAUAUCGCCGACACUUACUGCGACUCAAUAUGCGUCACCAUUGUACAACAGACAGUUUUAUGACCACAACAGUCAACAACAGGUACAUCAACAACAACAACAACAACCUAGUGUCUAUCCAGACAUACCAGUGACCUACAAUCAACAAUAUCCUGCAACUGGACAGUCCAUAUGGUCGUCUGCUCCUAUUGUUGUUACUGAGCAGGGCAACAGACUCGACGGCAACCAGGAUCGACGUUAUUUGCCUAUUAAUUACUACAACAAUAGGGAAACCUAUUCCACUAUUGAGCCGGACAACAAUUACGACAAUUACAACAACUACAACAAUGUGCCGACAACACGUGCUGCCAAUCACAAUUACAACAAUGCACCCGGCCACUUUUACUACACACAACAACCACAACCGCAAUCACAACAAGAACUAGAGCAACGUGAACUGCUUGCAGUGGCGGAUUCCCGACGCGAGGAGGAACAAAUUGUUCGUAUUGGCGGUAAUCGCUCACUGGCCCCCAACAACUACAGCAACAACAACCCCAACAAUUACUUUGAACCACCUCAGUCGUUGUCUCAUCGCGACUUUGAGGCAAAAUAUGCCAAACAUUAUUCCGACUAUUUGCGCAAAUAUCCACAACGAUUGCAGCCGUUGUACAACACUGGCGCAUCGUACGUUGACAAGUAAACAGCAAUUUGGGUCAACAUUUUCAAAUAAAUUCCUCUACUUUAUUCAAUAAAAUUUAAGUAAAAAUGUAAAUUGAA